AUAUGACUCCCCAUCCGGCCAAUCACGCAACACGCGCCCUUGUCUCCGGAGUCCCACGGUGGCCGCUCUGCUUGUUUGUUCGCGUCCAUCGAGCCCAGUAGUGGUCGGUACGUACUAGGCCAAACGCUGAUGGCCGGCCGGAGCCUUAUCGCCUGCCACACAGCAUAGGCAUCGAUUCAAUAUAAGCCUAGUUCCUGUUCCCCUGAUUGCUAGCAGGUCUUCCUCUGCUUCGCUCUCUGCAUUCUUUUCAGGAUUAUCUGGCCCUGUUGUUUUUCAUCACGACACCUACCGUAGACUGUUAACCCACUUCAGCACAUCGAUUUACAACACACCACCCACCAUGGACAUCACUAUGGACACACCAACAGGCGACAUUCCUACCAUGUUACUAGGCGGGGAUCGUCACUUUAUCAAUAAGCGAGAGCAUUCUCAGCGCAGGCGGACAUUCAACCACCGUCUACGGGCUGCAGCGAAGCAGUAUCGCACCGAGCAUCCAGAUCAGCUCCCCUGCAAGAGUAUCGGCUUCACCAGCCGCGAAGAGUGUCAGGACCUCAAGCGAGCCCAGCAGGAUAUCAAAGACCCGGCACGGCUGCGACAACACAUCGAGGCGGAUCUGCGCUGGAAGCAUCACCAGGAGGAGAGCCCGCAGAGGCGGUCGAAGCGAGGUCGUCUCACCACCAACCUCAAUCACGAAAGCUCCAUCGAGCUCGCCAGGAGCAAGAUUGAGCUACCCAGCGACCGAAAGCUCCAGCGAUGUCCCAGCCUAGAGCGGCAAGACGCCUUUUGCGACGCCCGCACCAAGAGUCGCGUCCAGGUUGUAAAGCAGAUGGCGGCGGGACCCUUGGGGGAUGAUGCGCAGGUUGCCGAGCUCUAUCGCAUGGGUCUUCUCUACGACGAGCAGGAUUCGCAAGCGCAAGCACAGACGGACUCGGACAUCCACCUGAACGACAUUCAGCACGAGGCGCCUGCCUAUUCGAUCCGCCCCGCCCGUCGUCGCAGCCACCACAAGUCGAGGAACGGCGACCAACAAUACAACGAGAGUCUCCCCCUUAACCUGUCCUUUGCCGACCUGGGCACGGACAACGACCUCGCCCCGUACUUGGCCUCGCAGGAGGACAACACCAGCAGUGCCUCUUCGCAAUCAUUUACACACUCGCGCCGGGCAUCGCAACAGACGGCGCCCCUGCGCGUCAUCUACGAACUCGCCACAUCCCGUCCUUCCUUUGACGUCGAUACCUCGCAACCCCCCGACCUCAUGAACGACUCGCUGUCCGACUACGACUGCUUCACCGACAGCGAGCUGGACGACUCGCCCUCACAGCGGGAGGUCCAGGAUCCUGCAGGUCCCUGGGUGUUGCUAGGCGACGACGAUUGAUCAGGCCAGUGACGGCGAUCCUCCGAGGGAGGAUGUGUACAGCGAGUGUACAGUGGACAUGUUUGAGUAUUUACACGUGUCUUGUGUAGAUCUUGCAUAGCGAACGGAAUUGGGAAAUUUGGCGUUUGGUAUUCAAUUUACUUCUUUUCUUUUCCUACAUGGGAGUGUCUGUUCUCUGAUGAUUGAUUGAUUGCAACUGCCGGGUAUUAUGUAUUAAAUAGGUCCGGUGU